AUGGCCCCAGAGAUCGAUUACGAGAACGAAUAUAUCAGCGAAUCGGGGAAACGAUGGAAGCCGUCAGGAAUUCGUAGUCUCUUUCCACUCGAAGCGACACCGGGGAUGAUCUCGAUGUUAGCAGGCAAACCCAACCCGGACACCUUUCCAUUUCAGUCUAUCUCAGUUACCCUCAAAUCAUUGGUACCUAAUAAUUCAGACGGAAGUCCAGUGGCACCAGACGUCUUGACAAUCGCAAAUCAAGAUCUAGAUGAAGCCUUACAAUACGGCCCUACCUCUGGUAUCAAUUCAUUCGUAUCAUGGAUCACUGGAUUACAACAGCUUAGUCAUCGAAGGGGAAAUGCAAAGGAAGAAGGUUGGAGAACAUCGAUUGGAUCAGGCAGUCAAGAAUUGAUGUACAAGAUGACAGAGAUUCCGUCGGACGAAUAUGGUAUCAAAGAUUCAGAUUUACAAUCAAUUCUAGAAAACUGGUAUACAGAUGAAAAGACUAAGGCUAUGAAGUUCCCAAAGGUAGUUUAUACAUGUCCAACUGGGUCCAAUCCUACCGGUGCUUCAGCUUCUCUUCCAAGGAAGCAAAAAAUCUUAGCUCUGAUACGCAAGUUCAAGUUGUUGAUCAUGGAAGAUGAUGCGUAUUUCUACCUUCAUUUCGAUCGACCUAACCGCGCCCCGAGUUACUUUGAACUAGAGAAGAGUGAUGGAGGCGAGUGCGGUCGAGUCAUUCGGUUUGAUAGUCUGAGGUAUGCGCUUGGGAUUUGUCACAGGACCGGUUCCAAUCAUGAAUGUCAUUGUUUGACGCAAGUGAUUGCGUACAAACUCUUAAAUCACUGGGGUUAUGAUGGAUUUAUUGCGCAUUGUGAUCGUGUAGCCGCUUUCUAUGCACACAAACUUCAGGUCGUUGAAGCAGCUGCUAGGAAACAUCUCGAAGGUCUUGCCGAUUGGGAUCGACCAAGAGCUGGAAUGUUCCUGUGGUUCAAACUGAGGAUCGCCAAGCUAGGCGAAGAGGAAAAUGCUUGCUCAAAAGCUUUGAUUGCAACAACGGCUCUGAGAAAUGGCGUGCUUGCUGUACCGGGACAUGUAGGAUCAAGAGGCACUCUAAAUUUGAAGGAAUUCAUGCCCAGUGGUCGUAAAACUGUUUAUGUUCGAACAAGUUUUAGCUUGAUUGACGAGGAGACGGCCGAUGAGGGCUUCCGUCGAUUGGCAAGUGCGAUCAAAGAAGCAAGAAAAGAGAUAGGAUUAGAUGCUUGA